AGUGUCCCUUUCCAUAUCCCGCCUUGAUGAUUGAGAGGUAAACAGCUAACUGACUUGCAAUCAGUGCAACUUUACCCAAAAGCAAAUUGUCUUCCAGGCUAAAGUAAUCGUUCUGAGGUGGCGGUGCAUCCUAGGCGUACGAGUAGAUCACAUUCACUUAAACAAAAAUGGCGGGUGACAAGGAUCCUUUCAAGCAGAUGAAGGAUCUCAACCAGCUCAAGAAUCAACUGGAAGAGAUCCAGAAACGUGUGGAGACCGAAUUUGCAACAGGAAUUCCACAGGGGGGCUCUGUGCUGGCAUCUCCCUUUUUGAAGGGUUUCCUGGCUGGGUAUAUGGUGGCCAAGCUCCGCUCCUCAGCUAUCAUAGGAGUGCUACUAGGAACAUUCACAGGCAUCUACGCUGCACAGAGCUAUCAGGUGCCCAACAUUGAAAGCACUCUGAAAGACUAUAUGAGUUCGUUUAGAAAAGGACCAAAGUAAUGG